AUGUCUCAAAUGCCAGCUGAAGGUGAUGACGAUUUUUAUGAUCCCAUGAAUAUGGAUGACUAUGACGAACAACUUGAUAACGCGGCCGGUCCUUCAUAUCAUUCUCAAUCAAGUUACAAUAUAAGGGAGGGUGGUCAAUUCAGUAGCGGUGAUCGUCACCUUAGUGGUGGUGGUUACGAAGAAGGUUUCUUCUCAAGUCCUCACCAACAUCAUAAAGGUGGUCAUCAUCACAGGCAAAGUCAACAGGGCGAUAAGACUGUAGAUCAAGAUUUCUUCAAUGGCAAGUAUAUAUAA